AUGGAACACACCUACUCGUCCCUCUCGGGUCAGCUGGCGCAGCCAUACGAGACAGUCGUAGUCUUGCUGCUGCCUGCCCGGUUUCGUGCAACCGGACGAGUCGACAGCCGACUGGGCGACAAACGCAUCGGCGGCGGUGGGGGACAUCGGACGGACCCCAAAUCCUCGGCGCUCACGGAAGCGCUGACGAAGACGGUCGCUAUCCAGAGCACGUACGAGUCUCCGAGAGAAACUCCCAUUGCCUGGCAUCCAAGCUUCGAUAGGGCAUGGGCCGUUCAUCUUCUUCACGAAGAAGAAACGAGGGCUACGCACGACACCAGUCCCGUCAUGGUCGAUAUCGCCCCUGGCCUUAUCAUUCCCAUCACCCCCGACGUCCUAUCGCCAAUCACCAACCGCCAAGAAUAUGCCGACGAUGCAACCCUCCCUCCCCCCCCCCUUGACCGGACGAAGCCCGACGCAUCACCUUACACCGCCGCCCAAUCACAUGUCGCCCUUUGA